UUUAUUUAUUUUAAUUACUUUUUUUAUGUUUAUAUUACAUGUUUAUAUUGCAUAUUACAUGUUUUGUUAUUUUGUGUUAGGCAUCGUAUUUUCGUUCUGGGGCUGGGAAGAGUAUGGACAUUAUGAGAAGUACGAUCAACUCAAUGGAGAGCUCGGGGCCCAGACACGUUAGAUCCCGUGGUAUUUCGGCCUCGGCUCGUAGAGAACGGGUGCACUAUUCUGAGGAUGAUGAAGAUGAUGAUGGUGAUGAGGAGGAGGAGGAGGAGGAUGCAGAUGAGGAUGUGGACGAUCAGAGUGGACCAUAUGAUGAUUACGGUCCAUUCAGUCAGAGGCUUGAUGAUGUGUAUGAGACGCGUAGGGUAGACGUGCGUAAGGGUAGAGAUGGUAGAUUUGUUAGUAGAUCUGGCACAUCAUCUGCGUCCACUGUGUCUGCGGUUAGCAGAAAACGGUCGAGGGCCGUUAAUGAUUCUUGGGUGGUGAGGGGCGAGGUGGCUGGGGGACCUAUAGACGGGAGUGUGAUUCCUAGCUUUCUAGGACACAUCGCUACCCGUAUUUGGGAGGACCAAGAGCGGGCUUUGGAUAGCGGCAUUUUGAAAUGCCAAACCCGGGAGAGGACUUGUAACUUCUUGUGUAGUUGGGCUGAGGCUUGGCCGGAGGAGAGCGAGAUGGUCGGCCGAUUGAGGGGCACUAGAGUGAGCCACCUUCCUGCCACCAUGCAUGAGAGGAUUGACUCGACGCUGAUCACGGCUUUCGUUGAGCGAUGGCAGCCGGACACGAACUCUUUCCACCUUCCGUUCGGUGAGAUGACGAUCAUGUUGCAUGACGUCGAGGCCAUCCUUGGGAUUCCCGUAGAGGGAAACCGAGCAUCUGUUGUCACAGAUGCGGAUCAGGCAGAUUUAUUGGCGGAGCUGUUGGCGGUGGAUAGGGCUGCGCUGUACACAGCGGCACUUGGUGUGUGGGAUCACGGCGGUGUUAAGAUCGCAGCAGUUUUGCAGCGAUGUUUGCACCCCACUUCACGUAGGACGCAGGACACACAGCUGGCUGCAUAUGUUUUUCUUCUUCUCGGGUGUACCUUGUUUCCGGAUAAGAGCGGAAACAAGCUCAGGCCACGCGACAUAGUUGACGCGUGUGAGCCCGACAGAGUAGGCCAGUUUUCUUGGGGGUCGGCUACAUUAGCGUACAUGUAUCGCCAGUUAGGAUUCUCGAGCCGGGCUGAUGCGGCAGGUAUCACUGGAUGUAUGACGUUGUUACAGACGUGGAUAUACGAGUAUUUCCCGGCGUUUCGACCACACCGCGACCCGGUUCCUAUUGGGGAUGGCCAGCCACGUGCCUGUGCGUGGAGUCCGCGUGUCGAGAAGAAGUCCAUUGACCGCCUGCGAUCGAUACGGUUAUUGCUUGACAGGAUGUCCCCAUUAGAGGUGAACUGGAUGCCUUUCGGCCAGAACCCUAGUAAUAGGGUACCCAGGACCCUCUACACGGGACUGAUUCAGUAUCGUGAGAUCGUAGAGGCGUACAUGCCGCAGCGCUGUCUUCGCCAGCUUGGAUAUGUCCAAGUUGUUCCUCCUCCACCAGCAUGGCCCAGUAAGGCCGUCCGAUCUGCGUCGUCGAAGGAGUACGUCGUCCAAUGGCCGACAAGCAUGAUUGGCACGUGGGAGCAGUUUCCGAUGGUUGCCCGCAUAUGGAUUGAGCAGCUGCAGCGGCCGCCAACUGGGGUGGCUGCCAUGUGUGACCAGCACUACAUGGAGUGGUACAACCGGCACUCGCACCCGAGGUUGAUCAGAGACGUCCACCACGGCGACGACGCCGAUGAUGAUGAUGUGCCACCGCCCACUACCGUGGAUGCGGUACGUCUCAUAAAACAUUUGUAGUUGUGUUUUUUUUCAUAUAAUACGUCGUUAUUGAAUUUUAUGUGUUUUGUUAUGUGUAGUGGAUGGGAAAGAU